CCUCUCCGUACCCUAUAUAAGGCUCAAGUGAAUUUCUCUAAUCCCCCUUUCCGACUUCUGUCGAAACGACAGAGCGUUGGCCCUUUUUAUCUUCUUCCUCCAAACCCUCAAUCGCACCAGUCGGCCGCCUAAGAUGCCGAAGCAUUACAGACCUCCUGGAAAGAAAAAGGAAGGAAACGCAGCGAAAUAUAUCACCAGAACGAGAGCAAUCAAGUAUCUGCAGAUCCCUCUGCAAGUUUUUAGGCGAUUAUGUAUCCUCAAGGGUGUUUUCCCGCGAGAACCGAAGAAGAAGGUGGAAGGAAACCACAAGACAUAUUAUCACAUGAAGGAUAUUGCGUUCCUUGCACACGAACCAUUGCUCGAGAAAUUCAGAGAAAUUAGGGCUUAUGACAAGAAGGUGAGGAAAGCGAACGCAAAGAAGAACAAAGAUCGUGCAGCUCGACUGCUGAGUCGCAAGCCUUCUUACAACCUUGAUAAUCUUAUACGAGAAAGAUACCCGAAGUUCAUUGACGCACUGAGGGACUUGGAUGAUUGCCUCACAAUGGUACACCUGUUUGCAGCAUUACCGGCUCUUGAGAGUGAGCGUAUUGAAGUGAAGCGUAUUCACAACUGUCGAAGGUUGAGCCAUGAAUGGCAAGCUUAUAUUUCUCGAACUCACAGCCUACGUAAGACGUUCAUAUCGGUGAAAGGCAUAUAUUACCAGGCUGAAGUUGAGGGGCAGAAGAUUACGUGGCUCACGCCACAUGCACUCCAGCAAGUCUUAACUGAUGACGUUGACUUUAAAGUGAUGUUAACCUUUCUGGAGUUUUAUGAGACUCUCCUUGCCUUUGUCAAUUUCAAACUUUAUCAUUCCAUAAACAUGAAGUAUCCACCCGUUCUCGAUCCUCGGCUGGAGGCUUUAGCAGCAGAUCUUUAUGCACUAUCCAGGUAUUUCGCUACUAAUUCUAGAUUGACUAUGGGUGACUCUCAAGCUGUGAAUUCAUCCGGAUCAGAGCAAGUUGAGGUUCUAAAGAAGGAUUCACAAAACGAUGAAUCUGAGCUAAGACUCGCUCAACUUCAACAUCAACUUCCUACUAAUGAACCCGGCACAUUGAUGCAUCUUGUAAAGGAUGCCGAUGGUGGUGGUGAUGAUGGUGAUGAUGAUGAGGAAAGAAGAGAAUGCAAGUCCCUUUUUAAAAAUUUGAAGUUCUUUCUAAAUCGUGAGGUCCCGAGGGAGUCAUUUUUAUUCAUCAUUCCAGCUUUUGGAGGUCUGGUUUCCUGGGAAGGAGAUGGCGCUCCUUUUAAAGAAUCUGACGAGGGCAUUACUCAUCAGAUUGUUGAUAGGCCAACCCAGGGUCAUACUUUUCUUUCCAGAGAAUAUGUUCAGCCACAAUGGGUUUAUGAUUGUGUAAAUGCACGGAUCAUUUUACCAACGGAUGAUUAUUUGGUGGGAAGGGUUCCUCCACCACACUUGUCUCCGUUUGUCGAAAAUGAAGCACAAGGCUAUGUUCCUGAGUAUGCAGAGACAAUUAAGCGUCUGCAGGCUGCAGCUAGAAAGGAGCUUCUGCCAAUGCCUGGUGUGGAUAAAUAUGAUGUGGAUGAUCCUCAGACUAGAAUUGUAGAAGGUAUAAUUAGUCGCACAGAAGCUAAUGAAGGGGCCAAGAAGAAGCUGGAGAUGUCUAAACUUGAGAAGCAGUACCAUGAUGAAUUGAAUCUGGAACUGCAAGGUGUACAAUAUGCUGCGUCUGUUUCGAAUGAGGAAGUGCCGGGUGUUGUUGAGAAAACAGAGGCUAGGGAAGAGUCUGCACCAGAUCAAGGAGAGGCUGCUAAAGAUGUUGAUGACAUGUCCAUGGUUGUUAUGUCACGUAAAAAGAGGAGGCUGUAUGAAGCAAUGCAGAUAAGCAAUGAACGGAAGAAGGCGAAUGUUGAUCUUCUCAAAAAGAGGAAAGCUCAAGCCUCAAAGGCAACUGUCUGAAUGGUGUGUUAACGUUGUUGCUCACCAUUUUUGCCACUGGCUCCCAAUCAAUUUUAGCUUCCUUUUUUCUCUAAAGCUUUGUUCCUUUUUUUUUUUUUUUUUUUUUUCGUUCUUAAAAUUUUUUACGAGUUCUUAACAUUGGGACUUAUGAACACCAAUCAGGAUUUGUCCUGAUAAAAUUUUGUGAAAUCUUAUAUGGGUGCUAAUAUAUGGUUAACAUAUUGACGACCA